GGAAAUGUGCGCGGGUUCGAUUACGUCAUGGACGCGCGCGGGGGGUGCAAAUGGAAGAGUUAGCGGUCUCUUCAUAAGCCGGCUCAAGUGCAUUGCCUCCCUGCUUUUCAAAGACUUAGAAUCCAUUGCUAUAUGUGGCCAGCCGUAUUGUAUGUCCUGUUCUAUCAACACCUAAAAAAAUGGCAUCGACAAUGGAAGCAGCAGAUAUCGUUGUUGUUGCCAUGUACUUCGUUCUUGUCCUGUGCUUUGGCUUUUUUGCAAUGUGGAAGGCGAAUCGAGGUACUGUGAGUGGAUACUUCCUGGCUGGUCGUUCCAUGAACUGGGUGAUGAUCGGUGCAUCGUUGUUCGUUAGUAACAUCGGCAGUGAGCACUUCAUCGGCCUUGCUGGCUCAGGUGCAGCAAGCGGUUUCGCUGUAGGUGCAUGGGAGUUCAAUGCGAUUCUACUGCUGCAGCUCCUGGGCUGGGUCUUCAUACCUGUUUACAUCCACUCAGGUGUGUACACCAUGCCAGAGUACCUCUCCAAAAGAUUCGGUGGUAAGCGGCUAAAGGUUUUCUUCGCAUUCCUAACACUGCUCCUCUACAUUUUCACCAAGCUCUCAGUGGAUCUUUAUUCCGGAGCACUCUUUAUCCAGGAAUCUCUGGGCUGGAACCUGUACAUAUCUAUAAUCCUGCUCAUCACUAUCACCGCCCUUCUCACAGUCACAGGCGGCCUGGCGGCGGUCAUUUACACAGAUACUCUGCAGGCGUUCCUCAUGAUAUCAGGAGCACUGUGCCUGAUGGCUAUUAGUUUAGUCAAGGUGGGAGGUCUUGAGGGUUUGCGCACCAAGUACAUGAAUGCCUUUCCCAACAUCACUGCCAUUGAGCUAGAGAAAAACAUCACAUACUCAAAUUCCUGCCAUGUGCAUCCUAAGCAAGAUUCAUUCAAGAUCUUAAGAGGUCCAUUGGACAAAGACCUGCCGUGGCCUGCUUUUCUUCUGGGCCAGACUCCAGCCUCGAUCUGGUACUGGUGCGCUGAUCAGGUCAUAGUCCAGAGAGUCCUGGCAGCCCGAAAUAUUGCCCACGCCAAAGGGUCAACCCUGAUGGCCGGCUUCCUAAAAGUUUUACCAAUGUUUAUCAUUGUGAUUCCAGGAAUGAUUUCACGUGUGCUCUUUGCUGAUGAACUCGCUUGCAUUGGUCCGGAGCACUGCAUGGAAGUCUGUAACAGCAAAGCUGGUUGCACUAACAUCGCCUAUCCUCGCCUCGUCAUGAACAUCAUGCCUGUUGGUCUACGAGGGUUGAUGAUGGCGGUGAUGCUCGCCGCGCUCAUGAGCGACCUAGACUCAAUCUUUAACAGUGCCAGUACUAUCUUCACCCUUGAUAUCUAUAAGAUGAUACGUUACCAGGCUUCCUCCAAAGAACUCAUGGUGGCGGGACGCAUGUUUGUGAUCCUCAUAGUGGCCAUUAGCAUAGCUUGGGUGCCAUUCAUCGUUGAGAUGCAAGGUGGUCAGAUGUUCCUCUACAUUCAGGAGGUGUCUGAUUACCUUACGCCACCCAUUGCUGCACUGUUCCUGCUUGGCAUUCUCUGGAAACGUUGCAAUGAGACUGGUGCAUUCUGGGGUGGCAUCGUGGGCUUCUUCCUAGGAGCCGUAAGACUCAUUCUUGCUUUUGUUUAUAGAGAGCCGGACUGUGACACAACUGAUGUCCGCCCUGCUUUCAUCAAGGAUGUACAUUUCAUGUAUGUGGCGGCUGUAUUGUUUUGGGUUUCAGGGCUUGUGACAGUAGUCGUCAGUCUUUGCACAGAUCCACCAAGCAAGGAACAGAUUGCUACGGCUACUUUUUGGGGACUACGCGACAGGAAUCAACCAGAGAACGGCAAAAUUCAUCAGCUGUCUGUAAAAACUAAAAAAGAGAAGUCAGUGGAUGAAGUGGAAAUUAAACAGUCAUCUCAGGUUAUUCAAACUGGGUCUGAAAUACCUUCAAAUGGCCACUUGGAGUCUCAACAUACCCACAAACACCAGGGCAUUGAUCAUGUAGGUGGAGAUAAGAGACAGUGUGUGAAAUGUUUUGAGUGGUUUUGUGGUUUUAAUACAAAUUCUGAGGAAGAGGCACUAGAUUCACCUUUUGGAGAUGACAACAGUAAUGUUACUGAAAUGCUCAAAGAACCUCCAAAAACCAAAAUUAUCCUCAACCUCGGUCUCUUGUUAGUGUGCACACUUGGAAUAUUUUUGUUUGUGUACUUCUCUUUGUAAUAUUCCUCAUCUAAGUUUACACAGCAAACAUGUUAUAUUGAUAUUCUUAUACAUUAUACAUAUUAUAUAUCUAAGGUGUAAUUUAUUAAGGUGUAAAUUCUAUUUUUAAUAGUGUUUUGCACUGUAGUGUUGCAUAAUGUACAACUCACAUUGUACUGCCAAGUAUACUGUAUUAGUGAUAUUCUUUAGUGCUGGUUGCCAUUGCGCUGCCAGUACUGUACAAUUGCAUGUCAGACAUUCACAUUAUGAAAUGAGUGCUCUGAAAGAGCAAUCAAAGAUCUGAUGUCAUUGCAUGUGACAUUACAACAGGAAAUAUUUAAAGAUAAGAAACAUCUUCAGUUUUUGUAAACUUAGUGUUCAUCAUUGAUCAACAGUAUUUUUGGCAUAAUGGUGAUUACCACAACAUUUAAUUUCCACUUUUUCUUUUUUUCUUACCAUUAAGUCCCUAUUUUUCUUGAAACAUCUUGGUUGGACCAUUUAACAGAACAAUGGAUGUGAAUGGGGCCUGCAUGCUAAAAUAAUAAUAAUAAUAACAAUAAUAAUAAUAAUAAUAAAAUCUUGGUAACCAUUUUUGGUAAAAAAAAAAAAAAAAAAAUGAUGAUGAUGAUUUCAACAGCUUUACAGAGGAUUUGUCAUUUAUCUGCCUAAAUUUCCCAAAACAUUUGCCACAUUAACUUCCAUUAUAAGUGUAACCGUGAUUUUAGCUUUUGUUCUAGCUUUGUUUUUAAAACAAGGGAUGAGUUUUUUUUU